GCCUCGGCGGUGGUCGCUCGCGCACGCCGCCGCCAUGACCGCAGCCUGGGCGACGCUAGUCGUGCUGCUGGGCGCGGCGCGCGCCUUCGAGUGGGACACGGUGACCGGACGCGGCUCGCAGCCGGUCUGCAUUGACAUCCCGCACAACAUGACCUUGUGCCGCGACAUCGGCUACAUGCGCAUGACGCUGCCCAACCUGCUGGAGCACGACAGCCUUUCCGAGGUCUCGCAGCAGGCAGCCUCCUGGGUGCCGCUGCUCAACGUGCGCUGCGAUCCUGACGCGCAGCUCUUCCUGUGCUCGCUGUACGCGCCCAUCUGCCUGGAGCGGCCCAUCUACCCGUGCCGCAGCCUCUGCCAGAAGGUGGAGAGCAGCUGCGGUGCGCGCAUGGCCGAGUACGGCUUCCCCUGGCCGGACAUAGUGCGCUGCACCAAGUUCCCGGCCGACAACGACAUGUGCAUCAAGGCCCAGUCCAACAAGCAGCCGCCAGAGAAGGUGAACCGGUGGGAGGACAACGGAGGGCCGCUGGUGAUCCAGGAGCCGCCGUCAGAGGCUUGCAACGCUUGCAGCCAGCCGGAAACAAAGGAGAACAUGCUCGAUCACUUCUGCCGGUCCGACGUAGCCGUGCGCACCAAGAUCCGGCGGGUACGCGCCGACCGACUGAUCGCCAGCAGAGCGCGCAUCUUCAAGCCACAGACGCCCAGCCGCGCCGAGCGGCGCGCGCUGCGCCGGCCCACCUUCCAGUGGGCGCACGACCCCGACUGCUGCCCGCAGCUGCAGCAGAAGGGCAUCAAGUACCUGGUGAUGGCGCGCCGCCAGGGCGACCAACUGGUACCUACCUUCAUCAUGCCAUGGAAAAAGUUGAAGAUCUCUCGCCAGGUGCGUCGACUCCUGCAGCGGCUCGACUGCUCCGACACGCGUGCCGUCCAGGCGGCCAUGCUGCCGCCAGCCGCCUCCGGGCGGCGCGCCCUGGCGGACGGGCUGGCGCACCGUCCCGCCGCGCCACCUCUCGCGCGCAAGGACGGAAUGUAG